UCCUGGCCUGGGUGUCUCGGUUGUCAUGUUGUCGCGGAGGGUUGUGGCGGCGGCGGCUCGCCGGCUCUCCGGGAUCGGCCGGCCCAGCAGUGCCCUGGUGCAGCUCAAUGCGGUGCUGGAGGCCGAGCUAGAGCGCAUCCGCGGGGCGGGCACCUGGAAGAACGAGCGGGUCAUCACCUCCCGGCAAGGGCCGCACAUCAAUGUGCAGGGCAGCGAGGGAGCGAUUCUGAAUUUCUGUGCGAACAACUACCUGGGCCUUUCCAGCCACCCUGCAGUGAUACAGGCAGGAAUCGAAGCCCUGGAUCAGUACGGAGCCGGUCUAAGUUCUGUCCGAUUCAUUUGUGGCACUCAGAACUUGCAUAAGAACCUCGAGGCCAAGAUUGCUAAGUUUCACAAGCGGGAAGAUGCCAUUCUCUAUGCUAGCUGUUUUGAUGCCAAUGCUGGGAUUUUUGAGGCCAUGUUGACUCCUGACGAUGCGAUUCUCUCUGACGAGCUGAACCAUGCCUCGAUCAUCGACGGGGUCAGGCUGUGCAAGGCCAACAAGUACCGUUACAAACACCUGAACCUCGGCGACCUGGAGGCCAAGCUGAAGGAAGCUCAGAAAUACCGGAUCCGACUGAUAGUUACGGAUGGGGUUUUCUCAAUGGAUGGCGAUGUGGCUCCACUUAAAGAAAUUUGUGACCUGUCAGAGAAAUACAACGCCCUGGUCUUCAUUGACGAAUGUCAUGCCACUGGGUUCUUGGGACCCAAUGGACGGGGCACUGAUGAGCUGCUGGGAGUGAUGGAUCGUGUUCACAUCGUCAACUCCACUCUUGGGAAGGCGCUGGGUGGAGCAGCAGGUGGAUACACCACAGGGCCCAAGGCUGUCGUUGACCUGCUGCGUCAGCGCUCCCGGCCCUACCUCUUCUCCAACACCCUGCCCCCUCCUGUGGUCGGAUGUGCCUCCAAAGCUCUGGACCUCCUGAUGGACAGUAACACAAUUGCCCAAACCAUGGCAUCAAAGACCAGGCGGUUCCGCAGUCAGAUGACAGCCGCAGGGUUCACCAUUGGUGGAGCAGACCAUCCCAUCUGCCCGGUGAUGCUGGGCGAUGCCCGGCUGGCAUCAGCUAUGGCAGAGGACAUGCUGCAACGGGGAAUAUACGUGAUAGGCUUCAGCUACCCUGUGGUGCCGAAAGACAAAGCACGGAUCCGUGUGCAGAUCUCUGCGUCCCAUAGCGAUGAGGAUAUCGACCGGUGCGUGCAGGCCUUCCUCGAAGUUGGACACAAACAUGGAGUGAUUCAGUGAAAGCCGCUUGAAGUACAAAAAAUUCUGAACAUUAUUUUCCAGACAGUUCAAUUCAAGGUUUACUGAGUCUGAUUUUUAACCCUGCUUUUGGAAGGGUGUAUCAGACUAGUGAGAAACAAUUUCCUUUUUUUGAUUGCAUUUGAAAAUAGAGUAUUGCAAUUAUUCCA